GCCUGGACCCAGGAUGAGCCAGUGUGUGUCCAGGGAGAUGCCUGAUGGGGGUUGGGGAUGGAUGGUGGUACUCGCUGGCUUUAUCAACAACUGCCUCCUGGUUGGCGUUGCCCGAUCAUUUAGUGUGUUCUUCGUCGACUUAACCAGACACUUCCAGGAGACGUCUAGCCGAGUUUCCUGGGUCAUCUCCAUCGCCAUGGCAACGCAGCAGCUCGCAAGUCCAAUGGGCAGUGCAUUCGGGAAGCGUUACGGAGCCCGGCCGGUUGUCAUGGUCGGAGGAGUUUUAGCCUCCCUUGGGAUGUUUGUGGCCUCUUUCGGACAAAGUCUUCUACACUUGUACCUCUCUAUCGGACUUCUGACAGGUCUGGGUUGGGCAUUGGUUUUCACCCCGACUAUGGCGAUGGUCUCCAGAUACUUCGACAAGCGGCGAGCGUUGGCCACCGGCUUGGCGUUCACCGGAGUGGGAAUCGCCUCGUUCUUCUUCUCCCCGCUCUUCCGCCUCCUGAUCGACGCCUACACGUGGCGCGGGGCCCUCCAGGUCGUGUCGGCCAUCUUGCUGAACCUGUGCGUGUGUGCGGCCCUGCUCAGGCCCAUCCGCCUGCUGGGGGACCUCCCCGUGGCGAGCGAGGCCUCAGGCUGCUGGGAGAAAGUGACGAAGGCCUUGGAUUUGGGCCUACUCCGGCAGCGAGGCUUUGUGGUGUACACCCUUGCGUUAACCCUGAUGACCACGGGCUAUUUUGUGCCCUACGUACACCUGGUGGCCCACGGCAAGAAUCUAGGCUUCACCGACUACCAGGCGGCCUUGCUUCUGUCUCUCACCUGUAUCCCCGACACUAUUGCUCGCAUGUUUUCAGGCUGGCUCUCCGAUCUGAAACUGGUCCGUUCCAUCCACUUACUAUUCCUCUGGAGUGUCCUCAGUGGGAUCAGUCUCUUCCUCCUGCCGUUAGGCCGAACCUUCCCGACUCUAAUGGUGGCAGGCCUCUUUUACGGCCUAUGUGCUGGAGGCCUCUCCCCUCUCUUCUUCUCCACUCUCCCAGAUAUCGUGGGUGUCGGUCGGAUUCUCAACGCCACUGGCCUCUUCCUGAUGCUACUCAGUGUCGGUGGGCUCCUUGGACCCCCCCUGUCAGGACUGCUGGAGGACCGGACUGGGAGUUACAACACCUCGUUCAUGGUGUCGGGAGGAUUCAACCUGGUGGGGUCUCUCGUCCUCCUGCUCAUCCCGGGCUUUUUCGCCCGCAGCGAGACCGCCUCUGGGCAGAGGACGGGCGCCACGGCGAGCCGCCAUCACGGCGAGCGACACGAUGCCCGAGAGAACGACCAGAGCUGAGCCCACGCCUCGGGGACAACAACACCAGCUGGAAACCACACUGACCGAUUCUGGAAAGCAGCGGGAAAAUUGCCAGCCGCCAGAUAGGACCGUACGAUGGACAACUUCUAAAGAGCCUGUCCCACUAGGCCGAGAUUUGUGCCUCAUUUACGCCUCCUGUGUAGAAUAAAU